UUGUACGAGAAUCUUGGUGGGCCCCCUAUGCCAUGGCCCGCCCUUGGUGACGGGUCCGCUAAAAUUAGUUAGCGCAAUACUGCACCAAAAAAAAAAAAAUGGAAGAGAUUGCCUGGGACUCCCGGUUCAAGAUGGCGGCUAAGUCUGCACGUCCUCAGCCAGACUCUCCUGAGUGGUUAUUAACCAGUUCUGUGGGAUGGACACAGUGUACCAAGAGGUUUGGGGCGGGUGCAGGAGUGGGUUACGCGUCUAUGUCGCUAUAGUUACGGUGUCGCGGUUCUUGUUUACGUCAUUAAGGUCAACGAUCUACGACAGCUAGUACGAUGAAUUACGCCCAGAUUUCGGCUCGAUAAAAUAUCUUAUUUAAAUGUGGGCGAUUUUUGUGUCUACUCUCCAAACUAUGUGCUUGGCAACAUCGGACAACUUGCUGGUAGAGGAAACAAGGGCUUGACAGCUCUCUUGGGGCAGACAUUGGAUCUGCAAGUAUGGAUAACAGAGUCACUUCUUGGCCUCCUAAUCAGAGAACAGCCAUUCUGACUAAUCAGUGGGACUCUGUGGAGACAGACCCAGAGAGUUUGGCCCAGGAGAGAGUAUGCAAACAGCAGCUAAGAAUGCACAUUGGUGAUCAUAUCUUGCCUCAAGGAAAGCUGAAUGACAGUUUAAAGGAAGGAAAUUGGGAAGUGGCAGAUGGAAACAAUAUUCCACAUGAAGAUGACAUGGUUUCUGAUAGCAUUGAAGUAGCAGCACAUUCACACAGAACGAGGGAACCUGGAAGAGAUGCUAUCAAAAGCAAACCGGAUGCCAGUGAUGCCUGCUCAGAAUUGUGCUGUUACCCAAACUGUAACCCCAGCGAAAAGGGAAAUGUCAUCACUGAGAGUUUAAAGUGCCCCGUCUCAGAAUAUCACCACUUUUUUCAUCAAUCGCAGAAGCCAUUUAUAAGAGGAUAUAGAUACAUAGCUGAUACAAGAUCAAUGACUCCUAUUUCUGGCAGAGACAGCAAUCAGCCUUACCACCUACACCCCCAAGAUGGCCAGGUUAGCCCAAUAACAACCCAAUGCUAUCACAGCAAUGGUUUGCUUCAUAGCUCACCAAAAUCCAACUUAUCUCAUAGUUGUAGACAUAGCAAUAACUGUGAGCAGACCAAAGACCAGCCAAAGAAUGGCUGUCCCAAUGUUGAUGCCAAUAUUGAAAGAUCUCUUGAGAUGACAGAGCACACAGAGGCAGUGCAUCCGAUGAACUUGAAAGAAUAUCAAACCUGCAACCGGAAGGACCUGCAACACAUCUCUCCACGAUUAUUUCCAAGCUCACCCACAACAGAGAGUUCUCAGAUUUGCUUGAAGAAAAAACGACACACACACACCAAAGACCUCAUUGAGCGGAACAAAAAAACACUAGGCCGCAGCACAUCUGGCAAUGGAUCCUAUGCGGACGCGCAUGCGCUUCAGCAGAAGAACCCUCGCAUUGGUAAAAAGCAGCAUGAAACUGUUCAAAAGGUUGCCACCGGAGAGUGUCCAAAAGAGAGUUCGGGUACGGAACAAAGUUUAAGCCAACAAGUGAAGGACACCCAUAUAAUUGAAGAACAGAGCAAUAUGGAACGUUACUUCAGGAGCAUGGAGAAAAGCCCUGAAUUAGAAAGGACAGCUACAAUAAAAUGCUACUUAUCAAUUAAGGAGAGUGAAAAGAAGAGGUGUCUCGAAAACGUCCCCACAAUACCUUUGUGUGCUUCAGAGAACACCGGAGUCUAUACCAAGUUGCCACCUAUUAUGCCAAAGCAAUGCUUUAGACAGUGUGUGAAGACAAUCAAUUCCAACAAUAGAAGCAACUCUGCUGAUUUCUUGACACAGAUGGAAGAUAAGAAGAGGACAAUAACCAAUUACAAGACAUACAGCCUGAAAGAAUACAAAGAGUUGAAGCUAGAUGUGAAGCUACAAGGUCUAGGUCCUGACUACACAGCAGUGAAGAAUCAGGCUGAGAAGAUGGUCAAACAGAGGCUGUAUUCAAAUGCGGUCCGCGAGAGGAACAAAAACAUGACUAAGAUUCCCUUUCUGUUGGCCAAGGACCCAGUAGGCAAAGACAGGAAAGUUCCCAGGAUUAAGGCUUUGGAGUAUGCUAAGACCAUAGUCAAGCCUCUCAGUCAGCCUCCUCAAUCAAAAUCAAGUAAAACACAACAGUUGGGAGAUUCUAUUGGACGCACUCCUUGUAAAGAGAGCUGGAACAUUUCCCAAGAGGCCACCGUUGAUCUUCUUAUGAAACGUCAUAAAGAAGAAAAAGAGGCCCUCUCCAGAAAGGUGCAUGUUAUUUGAGGAAAUCGAAGAGUCUUGUUGUUGAAGAUUGGCUUCAUUGGUGAUCUCUUUAAGAUAUUAUUUGUGAUGAGUCGCUAAUUUCUUCUUUUUUUCAUUCAUAAAAUGUUUGUUUUUGUUGAGUUUCUUGCGGCAGCACUGUGAUCGACAUGUUAGCACGUCCGCCUCAGUGCAGAGGUGCAGGGUUCGAUUCUGGUUCUGAUCUUCCUGUGUGGAGUUUACAUGUUCUCCCCCUGCCUGCAUGGGUUUUCUCCGGGUAACUCAGAUUUCCUUCCACAUUCCAAAAACAUGGAUGGUAGGUUGUGUUAAACACUCUAAAUCAGGGGUCCCCAACCCCCGGGCUGUAGACCGGUACAGGUCCGGUCAUUUGGUACUGGGCCGCAAAGAAAGAAUAAACAACUUAAAUUAUUUCCAUUUUAUUCAUUUCGGAAUCUGAAAGAUGUUCUAUUUUGAAGAAUUACCAGAUUCUCUGUUACAUCCGUCAACAGUAUGUUACUCUUGACGCGGUUCAAGGCGCAUUUCUCGGUCAUGUCAUAGGUUACCGCUUUUGCUAGCUCCUGGUUACCCAGGAGCUAGCAAAAAUGAGUGAAAACAAAUGUCUUUGGGAAGGGGAAAAGGCCCAGCCAGGAGACAGAAGAGGAACCUCUGACUUUCAAAAAAAAACAAUGCUACAUUUAAUAAAACAGUGUCCUACUUAAAAUACAGAUGUAUCUCAAUGGGAGAUUCCCACACACCAAGCCCAUUCUGCAUAAUAUGCGGUGAUGGUGAGUCGUAUUUUUCAUGCACGAUGUAUUUGUGGUGUAUCUUAUUUUGAAGGCACGUUUAAACCUUACCAUAGCGACCAGAGAGCCUUGUGGCCAGAUAGGAAGUUCCUUGUGUCAUGAUUCGUGUUGAGGCUAAGUAGGGUUGAGUUGUUUACUAUUGCGUCUUGCACUUCAGGGCCACUUUACAAAUGGUUGCAACAGAUCCCGGGAACAACAUCGGACAUCUCAGUCCAGAAAUGUGCAGUGCUGGGAACAGCAAGGAUACUGCGCAGAACCCUCAAGGUUCCUGGCCUCUGGUAGAGGACCCGAGCUGAAUGAGGGACGGACACCACCCAAGGGGUGAGACGAGGAUUUUAGCACGUCGGCUUCACAGUGCAGAGGUACCGGGUUCGAUUCCAGCUCCGGCCUCCCUGUGUGGAGUUGAAAGAACUCUGUAGAUAGGAAUAUUUACUGUAAACCAGUGUGGUGGUUGGUGUUGCCUUUUCCAAAGGAAGCAGUAGAGGUCGCUGUUGGAUUAGACUACGUUGUAGUGAAUCUGUUGGUGAGGCUAGAGCAGAGAAAAUGAUUUUUGGAAAAUGUUUGGAAUGUACCAAGAAAACCACAACACAGGCACCGGGAGAACAUGCAAACUCUACACAGGAACGCCAGAGCCCAGAAUCUAACCGAUUGUUCAGCAGAUGUGCUCACCAGUCGACGAUCUACUUGAUUUAUAUUCUUCUUCUUUUCUCGUGAAAACAGGCGACAUCUAAACCAAGGCCCUGUCCAGUGGUUAAAUAUAUAUUUUAAAAGCCAACAUGUAUCUAUAACAAGCUUCUAUAGUUUGCAAAUAGACCCAGGCCACUCCUGUUUUAUGGUGUCUUCCACUUUGAGGUUCACCUAAUCGGGUGCCAUUCCUACUCCAUAAAGGAGUGUCCCAAAGAACUGCCCUCCCUUCAUGGGAAACACUUGAACACAGCUCAUUUUACUAAUUGUGCUCUCACAUUAUUUUCAAAGCGCUAUUUACCUCUAAAACAUUUUAAUUAGAUUACUGUCUCUAUUUAACCCAUCAUGGACUCUUUGAAGCUUGGUGUUUUUAGUAUUAAAUCCUCAGAAGCCUGAUAGCAAACAAAUGACACAGCCCCUUUUAAUUUAAUGAGAAAUGUUGCCUAUCCAGACUCAGUCGCUGCAUCUUUUUCAGUUCCACCUCCUCGCCCGCCCACCCCCCCCACCACACCCCCUGAAAGCCAGUUAAUUGAAGGAGUCUUUCACUGCUAUACAUGAAGGGCUUCAAAUUAGCAUCCCUUUCUGCCCAUUGGGAAGAUGAUGCAGACUGGGAUGCUUUGAUGUAAGAGAAAGACGCUUUAGUAGGCGGCAGGCUUGGAGAAAAUGAGCUGAUGGCUCUGCUAUUAGGCCCAAAUGCAGAUGCAGCCAUGUGUUGCAAAACACUUAAUCUUUUAAUUGAUCACCUUCUGCACGGCCUAUUCUUGUAUAUCCCCCUGCUGUCUGAUAAUCUGAAACACAUUAGGGCAUGGCAUGGGUUGUUUUUCAAAAGGCAGGACUACAAAUUCAAUCCAAAGGACACAAAAGGCAGGACUACAAAUCCAAUACAAAAGACACAAAUGUGUUAUUUACAAAUAUCAAUUGAGUGAAGCUGCAUCUCAUUAGGGUUCCUGAAAUUAUUCAAUUAUGUCAUAAAAUUGAUUGAUCAUUACAUGUUACUCCUGCACGUAAUUUCUACGUUAUUAUUUCAGAUGAAAUAUUGGAUAACAACCGCAGUUUUUUUCUGUCAAUAUAUCAAUGUGAAGUAAAAAACUGAAUGAGAUGCUGCACUACGAAAAAGUCUGAGUAUAUUGUGAAUGUGUGUAUUGAUUCAUAAAAUACACCUGGCAUACUAUUAACAAGGUCUCUUGUUUUAUAACUUCGAGAUUGGAAGUACGUAGAGGUGUAAGGGAUGAACCGUUUUACUUUGGUAGACGUGGUAAAUACUUUAUUGAUGCCUUAGGAAAUUAGUUCUUGUUACAUUUUCAACUACGUGUCUGUUUUCAAUUACAUUUUGUUUUGAU